GCAGACGCAGGGGGCCUGUGCAGUCCCGGGGGACUCAGCUACAUCGGCCGCAGCAAGGAGAUUCUGGGAGAAGUCCCAGCAGCCCUUGCCUGCAAGAGAUGGUGGCUUGAUGAAGCCAUCGCCAUGGCAGCAAAAAGGGCGGGUGCACACCUGAUGGAAAAUAGUGGGGUGAGAGAUGCUGUGUUUGAUGCCAAGGCAGGGCUGUGGACAGUCUAUCUGGAGGAUAGUGACAAGUCUUACAAAGCCAGGUAACAAGAGUCAACUCUUGAAUGUCAGUAUUUGAGGACUGAAGAGACUUAUAAUAUGUCUGGAUACCAGGCUUAUAUUUCUCCUGAUUGCCUUGCUACAGAAUCCUUGUGUGUGAUGGCGCCCCGUCUAAGC